AUGUGGCAAGAAAUCUUGCACAAUUGCAUUUAUUAUGACUCCAACCAUGAAGUUGUUUUACUGGAUGAUGGGACUGGCACUCAAACUGGAGCCAAUCAGCUGGAAGAACUGGAUGAUAUCAGUCUUAUAGCUUUAUUGGAUUGCCUUGGUAACCUCAACAUGUCAACUUAUGGCCUCUCAGGAGAGGAGAUUAUGGAUGCCAAGAAUAUUUUUGAGUCAGUUGUAGAAGCUCAUACUUUCCUUGAAGAUGAGGAUUAUGACAAACUCUCUUCAUUUGAUCUUUAUGAUAGAUACAAACCAUCCCAAGCUCUUUUUGCCAAAUUAAUUAAACAUUACCAACCUAUCAAUAGUCCCAAGGGAACACAAAUUCCUUCUAUCAAACACCUGCAUACCCAUGCUUGA